AUGUGGUGUGGCCACGUCAUUUUAGUGCGUCACAACAGCAAUCUGGCAGUUGGCAAGCAACGAACCUCUCGGGUUGUUCGCGGUGGGCUGCAGAGAUUGGUUUCCACUCGACAGAUCUUCCGCACAGGCGCGGCCGGCACCAAGCAGAGACUCUACUGCUUCACCCACAAACCGGAAGGAUUGGUCAACAAUCACCGCAAGGAGUGUGCCCAGCCAGGCUGUACCACAGGGUCAACGUAUGGCUACGAGUCAACUAGUGGACGCAAGGUAGCGGAGUACUGCGCAAGGCAUGCUCUUGAGGGGAUGGUUUGUGUCACCAACAAGAGAUGUGCCCACCCCACGUGUCUCAAGCAGCCGACGUACGGCAUGGCAGUUCGUGGCAAGCCUGAGUAUUGCUUUGCUCACCACUUGGAAGGGAUGGAGGACGUACGGAACAAGAAGAGGUGUGCUCAUCCAGGUUGCGGCAAGCACCCCAGCAAGGGCGUUGCUGGCAGCAAGGUAGCGGAGUACUGUGGACCUCACGCUAAGGAGGGAAUGGUUGCCGUGCAUAACCAUUGCAGGCAUUCAGGUUGCCCUAAAAAGGCGAGCUAUGGUGUGGCCGGUUGCCCAAGAAAAGAAGCGUUGUUUUGUAAGCCGCACGCCAAGGAGGGGAUGAUCUCUUUGGAACGCAACCAUUGUCAACAUCAAGGUUGCUACGCGGUUGCCGUGUAUGGAGCAUAUGGCAGCGAAAAGAAGGAGUUCUGCGGUCGACACGCCACGAAGGAUAUGAUUGGUGUCGCGAGGCCGUGCAUGAAAGUUGGUUGCGCCACAGCGAGGUCUUACGGAGCACCUGGCAGCAAAGCACCAAGAUUCUGUCCUCAACACGCAAGUGAGGGAAUGGUAAAUCUCUCCAAGAACUGUAGUCAGCCAGGAUGUCUUCUCGUGCCGUAUUUCAGCGUGUCUGGCAGCGCACCGGCGACGUUUUGCCGUCAGCACGCGACGGAGGGAAUGAUUAAGAUCUCCAGGAACAAGUGCCACAGGGUAUGUGAGCACCCGGACUGCGUACGCCGUGCAUGUCAUGGAGUGCCUGGCAGCAAUGACCCGAAGUUUUGCCGUCAGCACGCGGAGGAAGGAAUGACUAACCUCUUCCACAAGAUUUGCGAGCACCAGAACUGCGUAACGUCCGCGUCGUAUGGUGCACAAGGAAGCACGAAGGCGCAGUUCUGCGCGAAACAUGCGAAAGACGGAAUGGUCAACGUUUCGCACAGAAGAUGCGGCUACUCAGGUUGCUCCGGGCUCGCGAGAUUCGGAACGGUGGGAACGAAAAAGGCUGUGUUUUGUCCCACCCACGCAAGUGAGGGGAUGGUAGAUCUCUCCAAGAACAGCUGUGGUCAGCCAGGAUGUCUUCUCGUGCCGGCGUUCAGCGCGUCUGGCAGCGCACCGGCGACGUUUUGCCGUCGGCACGCGACGGAGGGAAUGAUUCGGAUCCCCAAGAACAAGUCCCACAGGGUAUGCGAGUACCCGGACUGCGCACGCCGUGCAUGUCGUGGAGUACCUGGCAGCAAAGUACCAAGAUUCUGCCCUCAACACGCGAGUGAGGGGAUGGUAGAUCUCUCCAAGAACAGCUGUGGUCAGCCAGGAUGUCUUCUCGUGCCGGCGUUUAGCGUGUCCGGCAACGCACCGGCGACGUUUUGCCGUCGGCACGCGACGGAGGGAAUGAUACGAAUCGCCAACAAGUCCCACAGUGUUUGCGAGUACCCGGACUGCGCACUUCGUCCAUGUCGUGGAGUACCUGGCAGCAAAGCACCAAGAUUCUGCCCUCAACACGCAAGCGAGGGGAUGAUAGAUCUCUCCAAAAACAAGUGUGGUCAGCCAGGAUGUCUUCUCGUGCCGGCAUUUAGCGUGUCUGGUAGCGCACCGGCGACGUUUUGCCGUCGGCACGCGACGGAGGGAAUGAUUAAGAUCUCCAAGAACAAGUCCCACAGGGUAUGUGAGCACCCGGACUGCGCACGUCGUGCAUGUCGUGGAGUGCCUGGCAGCAAUGACCCGAAGUUUUGCCGUCAGCACGCGGAGGAAGGAAUGACUAACCUCUUCCACAAGAUUUGCGAGCACCAGAACUGCGUAACGUCCGCGUCGUAUGGUGCACAAGGAAGCACGAAGGCGCAGUUCUGCGCGAAACAUGCGAAAGACGGAAUGGUCAACGUUUCGCACAGAAGAUGCGGCUACUCAGGUUGCUCCGGGCUCGCGAGAUUCGGAACGGUGGGAACGAAAAAGGCUGUGUUUUGUCCCACCCACGCAAGUGAGGGGAUGGUAGAUCUCUCCAAGAACAGCUGUGGUCAGCCAGGAUGUCUUCUCGUGCCGGCGUUCAGCGCGUCUGGCAGCGCACCGGCGACGUUUUGCCGUCGGCACGCGACGGAGGGAAUGAUUCGGAUCCCCAAGAACAAGUCCCACAGGGUAUGCGAGUACCCGGACUGCGCACGCCGUGCAUGUCGUGGAGUACCUGGCAGCAAAGUACCAAGAUUCUGCCCUCAACACGCGAGUGAGGGGAUGGUAGAUCUCUCCAAGAACAGCUGUGGUCAGCCAGGAUGUCUUCUCGUGCCGGCGUUCAGCGCGUCUGGCAGCGCACCGGCGACGUUUUGCCGUCGGCACGCGACGGAGGGAAUGAUUCGGAUCCCCAAGAACAAGUCCCACAGGGUAUGCGAGUACCCGGACUGCGCACGCCGUGCAUGUCGUGGAGUACCUGGCAGCAAAGUACCAAGAUUCUGCCCUCAACACGCGAGUGAGGGGAUGGUAGAUCUCUCCAAGAACAGCUGUGGUCAGCCAGGAUGUCUUCUCGUGCCGGCGUUUAGCGUGUCCGGCAACGCACCGGCGACGUUUUGCCGUCGGCACGCGACGGAGGGAAUGAUACGAAUCGCCAACAAGUCCCACAGUGUUUGCGAGUACCCGGACUGCGCACUUCGUCCAUGUCGUGGAGUACCUGGCAGCAAAGCACCAAGAUUCUGCCCUCAACACGCAAGCGAGGGGAUGAUAGAUCUCUCCAAAAACAAGUGUGGUCAGCCAGGAUGUCUUCUCGUGCCGGCAUUUAGCGUGUCUGGUAGCGCACCGGCGACGUUUUGCCGUCGGCACGCGACGGAGGGAAUGAUUAAGAUCUCCAAGAACAAGUCCCACAGGGUAUGUGAGCACCCGGACUGCGCACGUCGUGCAUGUCGUGGAGUACCUGGCAGCAAUGACCCGAAGUUUUGCCGUCAGCACGCGGAGGAAGGAAUGAUUGACCUCUUGCACAAGAUUUGCGAGCACCAGAACUGCGUAACGUCCGCGUCGUAUGGUGCACAAGGAAGCACGAAGGCGCAGUUCUGCGCGAGACACCGCGGGGAAGGAAUGGUCAACGUUGCGCACAGGAGAUGCGGCUACGCAGGUUGCUCCGGGCUCGCGAGAUUCGGAACGGUUGGAACGAAAAAGGCUGUGUUUUGUCCCACCCAUGCCGGGGAAGGAAUGGUGGACAUGAAAAAGGGGACCUGUGUACAUCCUGGCUGCUCCGCAAGAGCAAAGUUCGCCGAGGCAGGUUCCAACAAGGCGGAGCACUGCAGGCAGCACGCUCGGGAGGGAGCGGUUGACGUCGUCAGCAAGGGAUGCGCCCACCCGGGAUGCACAAAAUUUCCAUCAUAUGGUGCGGUGGGGAGCAAGAUUCCAUUGUUCUGUGGACCGCAUGCUACAGAUGGGAUGGUGACGGUCAGAGGGCUGAGGUGCAGUCAUCCAUGGUGCGAUGAGUGGCCAUCGUUCGGAAGGGCAGGCAACAAGAAGGGUGAGUUUUGCGGGCGUCACGCUACCCAAGGAAUGGUCCAUAUACGUCGGGAGAAAUGCAGCUCGCCAGGCUGCAGCCUCCUGCCGAUUUUCGGCGUUCGUGGCACCUCGAAGGCGGAGGUCUGCACCCGGCACGCAAGAGACAAACCCUGGAUGGUUCGAAUUGUCCGCAAGCUUGGCUCUCGCAAUGGUGGGUCCAUGCCGGAAGCCACGGGAGCCGGAGAAUGUGUCAAGAGGGAACUCUGCGACGGGGAUGCCGUCUCAGAGGCAGGGAUGGACGAGCACGAUGUUGCGGAGAGAGGGCGAGGCACGUCAGCUUCGGUUUCACCUUUCAUGGGCUGCAGAAAGAGACGAAAAAUGAUGGAUGCUCUGACAACAGGAGCAACGACAGGAAAAUUGUGACUGGUACGCUCGAGGAGCACAUAUUCGAAGUCCACUG